UCUUUUAAAAACAUUAACUACAAACAGGACUUAAAUGAAUCUUCUAGUGUUUGUACCAAACUUUUGCGCAUUUCCUUUAUCUUAUACGCUCGUGUUCCGGAUAGAUUUGACGGGUGUCACCAUGGUUUCAUCACCAUGCAGGAUGAGGCUCCCACACAAAGUUUAGUUUGUUUGUCAGAACAGCUGACCACAGGGUCGCGUGUUUGCAUCGCAGCAGCCGUGUUGGCCAUUUGAGUUUUCAACUGGGAAGCUUCCCUGGAAGUUCACAAAUACUUUCUGCUCUCACAAACAUCUCCAUGAAGAUCACUAUACUGGCCAGCAGCACAACCCUGAACAUGACAUGAACAUCCUGCUGGGAGAUGAGGACACUGAGGAGAUUAAGAGGCUCAGCCCAGCAGAACAGAAGGAAAAGAUGAUGGAGAUUGUGAAGCGGAUUGAUACCAAUGGUGACAAUCUGCUAAAUUCAGAGGAGAUCACACUAUGGAUUCAGAAAGUCUACAGAAAAUAUGCUCUGGAUGAUGCAAAAGAGCGCUUCCCGGAGUUUGACACUGACAAAGAUGGUAUUGUAACAUGGGAGGAAUACAACAUGGUCACUCAUGACCAGCUCCUUAGUUUUGAUGAGAGUGCAGUACAAGAUGAUCCAGAGCAAGAGUCUCUCAGACACCUCCACCUGAAGGAGAAGAGGCGCUUUGACUUUGCAAACAGGGACGACACACCCGGGCUUAACGUGUCAGAGUUUCUUGCCUUCACACAUCCAUCUGAAGUGGAUCACAUGGCUGAUUUUGCCAUUGAAGAUGUGCUAAGUGAAUAUGACACUGAUAAAGAUGGAUUCAUCAGUCUGAGGGAAUUUAUUGGAGAUGUUCGUGGUGAUGAGGAGUCCCCGUCACAGUGGGAGAUUGAAGAAACAGUGCGGUUUAAAGACCUCUAUGAUCAAGAUAAGGACGGCAAGCUGAAUCGAGAUGAGCAGCUCCGCUGGGUGGCGCCAAAUAGCUACGGCUCAGCAAGAGAAGAGGCUCUUCACCUCAUUAAGGAAAUGGACCAUGAUGGAGACGGGCAGAUCUCAGAGGCAGAAGUUUUGAAAAAUCAAGAAACGUUCAUGAACAGUGAAGUGACAGACUAUGGCAGACAGCUGCAUGUGUCACACGACGAAUUAUAACUAUUAUUUUAACUUCUUGUUAAUUGUUAAGUUCUUGUUUCUUUUUUCCCAUGUUGAAAUGCUGUUUAUUUCCUGUGUUGCACUUAACAAUCUAUUUACGCCAUUGUUAUCGGUCAAAAACUGUUUGAAAUACUGACAUGGACAAAAUAUCAGGAAAACACAUAUUGCAAACCAAACAUAAUACAUCACCAGCAAGUUAUGCACCUGUGAAAUGAUCACAGUGUUUGUCAGUAAAUCAGAAACUUCACAAAAUACUAUGUUGGAGCGUCGCUAUAUUGGAUUGCAUAAUAUUGUAAGACAUGUCUGUUGUUUUGUCGACUCUAACGUGCACAUACUCCCUGAAAAAAGGAGAUUUAUGUUGAAACUUGAUUUUAACCACUUUUUUAAACAAGAAAUUAUUUUGAUCACAUUCAUACAACAAGUUCAUUGAACUGUGUACCAUCAUGAUUUGUCCUCUCACAGUGCCAAAUAUACACUGACACAAGUAUCAGUCCAGUUGUGGUAACUGCUGAUAUGUUGCAGCUCUUCCUCAUUUAAAUCAACUGAGUAAGUCAGUGAGUGUUGCUGUUUGAAGGCUGGUUUCCUGAAUGUGUCAUGAUCCAUUUCACUUGCAGCAAAGCAACAGCCUGUGACACUGCCAGGCGCUGGAAAGUGACUUUAAGUUGAGUCGAUUCUCUAACAGGGACUAUUUUUAACCACCGACAAGAUGAAAGUAGAAUUUAAGGAUGCUUUUUGGGUGAGUUAGUCUUUUUUUGGGAUGUUUAUGUUGAAAGCUAAACUUGACUUGACUUGAGUUAUUACUGGGCUGUGAAGUCACUGUUUUUGUACUUAGUAUCUUUACUGAAGUUUUGAGGUAAUAUCUUUCCAUGUCUACUGUAUUUAUGCUCAACGUUUUGUCUGGACAGUAUCGCUGCACCAUGUAAUGUAUUUGGUUAUCUGAAACUUGUUUGUGACUUAAGUUUGCUUAACACUCUAUUUUGUCCUUAGUCUAAUAAUAAUUUCUUUUUUUAAGAAAAUUCUGACUAUGAAACUCACUGAACAGUUGCUGAAUCAUUGCAUGAAUUAAAGCAUUAACUUUUCCUUUA